AAGCUGUUUUGUGAAACGGACAAGAAACUGAUCUGUGUGAUUUGUGUAACUGCGCGGGAACACAAGUCUCACAGCUUCAUCCCGAUUAAAGAAGCUGUUGAAAUCUACAAGGAGCAGGUUAAAUCAUCCAUACAAUCUCUGACAACAAAUAAAUCAGCCAUCCAGGAAAUGGAAGAGCAACAGAAGCAGAAGAUUUCCCAAGUCCGGGAGCAGUCACAAAGCCUCAAGUCUCACGUCACAUCUCAGUUUGUUGAACUGCACCAGAUUCUCGUGAAGAAAGAGCAGCGCAUUCUCGGAGAGAUCAAGGAGGAUGAGGAGAAGAUUCUAAGUCAAAUGGAGAAAAAUCUUCAAGACAUUCAAGAGAAUUUAAACUUUAUUGAGGAGGAACUCUCAAAUCUGCAGGGGCGAAUGGAACAAACAGACAUCGUGUUAUUUCUGAAGGAGGAAGCUGGUCGCAAGAGCAGAAUUAGUGAUGAGUCCCGGACAUUGUCACUGAGAGAUGGCGCCAUAUUGGAUGAAAGAUUCGAUCACCCCUUCUGGUUGAACGCAGUGAUGAGAGAUAUCUUUGUUGCCAAUCACCAAGUCUCCGUCACCCUGGAUGUGGAAACAGCGCAUGCGCAACUCGAGGUGUCUGAGGAUCGGAAGCGGGUGAAACUGACCGGGACCAGGAGGCGUCUCCCUGACACUGGGAAGAGAUUUACAGACAUGGCGUGUGUGCUGGGAUCGGAGGGAUUCACAUCGGGGAGACAUUACUGGGAGGUGGAGGUGGCGGGGACUCGGCGCUGGGGUAUGGGAGUCACCGCAGAGUCUGUGGAGAGGAAGGGAGAGAUCACACUGUCCCCGGAGACUGGAGUCUGGAGCAUCUGGCGGUGGGAUGACGAGUUUUUUACUCUCACCUCCCCUCAAUCCCCUCUCCCCGCCCGUCCCAUCCCCGGGAGGGUGGGAGUUUAUCUCAGUUACGAGUCCGGGACAGUUUCAUUUUACGACGCGGACACCAAGUCCCAUCUCCACACCUUCACUUGGAAUAAAUUCACGGAGAAACUUUAUCCUUUCUUCGGGCCUUGGGAUGAAAACCAGUGGCUGAGAAUCAGCUCCGGUUCCGCUCCGGGUGUGUAAAA